AGGAUCAUGUGCGCGCCGCGCUCCUCGGCUCCCCAGUGCAGCUCGCCGGCCGCCGAGUGAUCCCGCCGCCGCCGCCGCUGCUGCCCGGUCUCGGGUCUUCUUUCAUGGUCCACGCCUUCGCCCUCCUCUCGCCGCCGGAUCCCGGGAGCUGCUGCUGCUGCUGUCCCCCGUGACGGAGAUGCAGGCGGCGGCGGGCUGGGUCCAGCGGCUGGCGGCUGCCCUGGGGGUCCUCCUCCUCUGGGCGCUGGAGCUGCGCGGCGCCCGGGCGGACUUCACCCUGGAGAACGAGGUGCGCUCGAGCUUCAUCCACAAGCGGCUCCGCAGCCAGGAGCGCCGGGAGAUGCAGCGGGAGAUCCUCUCCAUCCUGGGCUUGCCCCACCGGCCGCGGCCCCACCUCAACGGCAAGCACAACUCCGCGCCCAUGUUCAUGCUGGACCUGUACAACGCCAUGUCAGGGGAAGAGGAGGGCGCCGGCGGCGGGGACGCCGUCGAGGGCUACUCCUACCCCUACAAGCCCCUCUUCAGCACCCAGGGGCCGCCCCUGGCCAGCCUGCAGGACAGCAACUUCCUCACCGAGGCCGACAUGGUCAUGAGCUUCGUCAACCUGGUGGAGCACGACAGGGAGUUCUAUCACCAGCGCAGCCAUCAUCGAGAGUUCCGCUUUGACCUCUCCAGGAUCCCUGAGGGUGAAGCAGUGACAGCUGCCGAGUUUCGGAUUUACAAGGACUACAUCAGAGAACACUUUGAUAAUGAAACAUUCCAGAUUAGUGUCUACCAGGUUCUCCAAGAACACCCAGGAAGGGAUUCAGAUUUGUUCCUGCUUGACACUCGAACAAUCUGGGCUGCAGAAGAAGGUUGGCUGGUGUUUGAUAUCACAGCAACGAGUAACCACUGGGUGGUAAACCCGCAACACAAUCUCGGCUUGCAGCUGUCAGUAGAGAGCAUAGAUGGUCAAAGCAUCAACCCCAAGUUAGCUGGCCUUAUCGGAAGGCACGGCCCACAAAACAAGCAGCCGUUCACUGUCGCCUUUUUCAAAGCCACCGAGGUCCAUCUCCGUAGUAUUCGGUCUGCAGGAGGCAAGCCCCGAAACCAGAAAUCGAAAGCACCAAAGAACCAAGAAGCCUUUCGGGUGUCAAACGUUGGAGAGAACAGCAGCAGUGAUCAGAGGCAAGCUUGCAAGAAACAUGAGCUCUAUGUCAGUUUCAGGGAUCUUGGCUGGCAGGUUCACUUUAUAAAUCCAGAGACUGUGCCGAAGCCCUGCUGUGCCCCGACGCAACUCAACGCCAUUUCCGUCCUCUACUUUGACGACAGCUCCAACGUCAUCUUGAAGAAAUACCGGAACAUGGUGGUACGGGCCUGUGGCUGCCAUUAAACGUACCGGACUGGAGAGCUCUAUGAGGCUCACAAGAUGUGCAGAGCUGUUGUUAUUGUUUUAAGGAAAACAUGGAUCGUUCAAAGCAACUCUCCUUUAAAUCAGGCCACAGUCCUUAAGGAAUAGCCUUUCUGAAGCAGUGAAACAGGAUGAGCUCCAGACUCAGGUGGCAACUUGAGCAAUUUUUUUGGUUUUCAAGUGAGGAUCAUUCUGUGAAAUGAUGCAAGAAUGCAAAUCAGGACUGAGGAUCAGUUUGCAGGCAGGUUUGUCAUUCUGUAGGCAAACAAAAGCUU